UACGAUUUCGGGGAACCCUAAAAAUCUCAAAACGCAGCGCCAAAACCAAAUUUUCGUAUCUGUCACUGCCGCCCCCCACUCUAUAUAUACCCCAAACCACUACAACAACUCUGAAGUCGGUUGUUCCGAUUCACCCGUUCCCCCAUCUCCACAGGCGGGAAAAUUCCCGAGAAAGGAAAGGAAAAAGGCAACAAGAUGGCGGAUCAAGACCAGCAAUGGCUAUUGAACUGCUUGACUGCCACUCUCGACACCAGUCAGGAAGUCCGAUCAUUCGCCGAAGCCUCUCUCAAUCAGGCCUCCCUACAACCUGGGUUUGGAGGUGCAUUGUCCAAGGUUGCAGCAAACAGGGAGCUCCCAUUGGGAUUGCGUCAGCUAGCUGCUGUCCUUCUCAAGCAGUUUGUUAAGAAACAUUGGCAGGAGGGCGAGGAAAAUUUUGAACAUCCUGUUGUUUCAAGUGAUGAAAAGGAAAUUAUACGCCGACUUCUUCUAUUAUCAUUGGAUGAUUCUAAUAGGAAAAUCUGCACAGCAAUUAGCAUGGCUGUGUCAUCGAUUGCGCAUUAUGACUGGCCAGAGGAUUGGCCUGACUUAUUGCCAUUCCUCCUGAAGUUAAUUAAUGAUCAAACUAAUAUAAAUGGGGUGCAUGGAGCUCUAAGAUGCUUGGCACUUCUUUCUGGGGAUUUGGAUGACACAGUGGUGCCAAAACUAGUGCCUGUUUUGUUCCCAUGCUUGCAUACAAUUGUCUCAUCUCCUCAGAUUUAUGACAAACCUUUGCGCACAAAAGCACUUUCAAUAGUUUAUUCUUGCACUUCCAUGUUGGGUGUGAUGACUGGUGUAUAUAAGACAGAAACCAGUAAUUUGAUGAUGCCAAUGCUUAAACCAUGGAUGGAUCAGUUCUCUACCAUCCUAGAGCAUCCUGUGCAAUCUGAAGAUCCUGAUGAUUGGAGCAUCAGAAUGGAGGUUUUAAAGUGUUUGAAUCAGUUUGUCCAGAAUUUCCCAAGCCUCACAGAAACAGAGUUUAAGGUUGUUGUGGGACCAUUGUGGCAGACAUUUGUAUCAUCAUUAAGAGUGUAUGAACUGUCAUCAGUUGAAGGUGCAGAUGAUCCUUAUGAGGGAAGAUAUGACUCUGAUGGUGCAGAGAAAAGCCUUGAAUCCUUUGUAAUUCAAUUAUUUGAGUUUCUGUUGACCAUUGUGGGUAGCAGAAGAUUGGCAAAGGUUGUUGCAAAUAAUCUCAGAGAGCUGGUAUAUUAUACCAUUGCUUUUUUGCAGAUAACAGAACAACAGGUUCAUACUUGGUCACUGGAUGCUAAUCAAUAUGUUGCAGAUGAGGAUGACACUACUUAUAGUUGUCGUGUUUCUGGUGCUCUUUUGCUGGAAGAGGUGGUUAGUUCUUACGGUUUAGAGGGAAUUGAAGCCAUAAUAGAUGCUGCACAAAAAAGAUUUAAUGAGUCCCAACAGGGAAAGGUUGCUGGUUCUGCAGUCUGGUGGAGAAUAAGAGAGGCUACUAUUUUUGCUUUGGCUUCACUGUCAGAGCAAUUGCUGGAAGCCGAGGUUUCAGGAAUGACUAGAAUCAGCUUGAGGGACCUUCUGGAACGAUUAAUAGCUGAAGACAUUGGAACUGGAGUAGAUGAAUAUCCGUUUCUUCAUGCUCGUUUAUUUUCAUCUGUAGCCAAGUUCUCCUCUGUGAUCAGCCAUGGAGUCCUUGAACAUUUUCUCUAUGCUGCUAUCAAGGCAAUUGGCAUGGAUGUGCCCCCACCUGUGAAAGUAGGUGCUUGUCGGGCACUUUUCCAGCUCUUACCUGGAGCAAACAAAGAAAUUCUUCAGCCUCAUCUAAUGGGUUUAUUUUCAUCACUCACAGAUCUCCUCAAUCAAGCAUCCGAUGAAACGCUGCACUUGGUCCUUGAGACACUGCAAGCAGCUAUAAAGACAGCUCAUGAAGCAUCUGCAGCGAUAGAACCCAUUAUAUCUCCUAUCAUCCUUAACACAUGGGCUUCUCAUGUCUCAGAUCCUUUUAUUAGUAUUGAUGCUGUUGAAGUUCUGGAGGCAAUAAAAAAUGCUACCGGUUGUGUUCGUCCUCUUGUUUCUCGAAUUCUACCAUAUAUUGGGCCAGUUCUGAAUAAUCCCCAGCAGCAGCCUGAUGGAUUAGUAGCUGGAUCACUGGAUCUGGUGACUAUGCUAUUGAAGAAUUCUCCUAGUGAUGUAGUGAAAGUAGUAUAUGAUGUUUGUUUUGAUCCUGUCAUCCGAAUAGUUCUACAAAGUGACGAUUAUGGUGAAAUGCAGAAUGCAACCGAAUGUUUAGCUGCUAUUAUAGCUGGGGGAAAACAAGAAAUGCUUGCUUGGGGUGGUGAUUCUGGAUAUACAAUGAGAAGUUUGCUGGAUGUAGCUUCACGGCUUCUAGAUCCUGAUAUGGAAAGCUCUGGAUCUCUUUUUGUUGGGACUUAUAUUCUGCAGCUUAUUUUGCAUCUUCCAUCACAAAUGGCCCCUCACAUCCGAGACCUAGUUGCUGCUCUUGUUAGGCGCUUGCAAUCUUGCCAAAUAACAGGAUUGAGAAGCUCAUUGUUACUUAUUUUUGCUAGAUUGGUUCAUAUGAGUGCUCCAAAUGUAGAACAAUUUAUUGACUUGCUGGUCACAGUCCCUGCCAAAGACUAUGACAAUUCAUUUGUUUAUGUAAUGUCAGAAUGGGCUAAGCAGCAAGGGGAGAUUCAGGGGGCUUACCAAAUUAAAGUCACAACCACUGCUUUGGCUCUAUUACUAUCCACAAGGCAUGUUGGAUUGGCAAAAAUCAAUGUCCAGGGCCAUCUUGUUAAGACUAUUGCAGGGAUAACUACUCGCUCAAAAGCUAAAUCAACUCCAGAUCAAUGGACUGUGAUGCCGCUUCCUGCAAAGAUACUUGCUUUAUUGGCGGAUGUGUUGAUUGAGAUUCAAGAACAAGUGGCCAUUGGCAAUGAUGAACUACUGCCGUUGCAGGAUAGUGACUGGGAAGAAAUUCAAGCAGAGGAUGUGGAAACAGAUCAAGAUUUGGUAAUUUCAUCUGGUGCUACAUCAUUUGGCAGACCGACAUAUGAACAGCUUGAAGCAAUGGCAAAAGUAUUUGACGAGAACCAAGAAGAUGGUGAUGAAGAUGACCUACUAAGUGGUGCUGAUCCCCUUAAUGAGAUUAAUCUGGCAAAUUAUCUAGCGGAUUUCUUUGUGAAGUUUUCUCAUAGCGAUAGACAGUUGUUUGACCACCUUUGCCAGAGUCUGACACUGGCUCAGCAGAAUGCUAUUCAAAUGAUACUGAAUCGGUGAGAAGUCCAAUCCUUAUGCCAAUAUGUUUUAUUGGCUACAUAAAGUCCGUUGUUUCUUUGCUUGUCCAAACCAGCCUUUAAGGGUGGAAAAGCGGUCAGUUGAGUUUGUAAAGCCGGGUUUUCUUUAUUUUUCCUAUUUAAAUUACUGGGGGAAAAUUCUUUCUUCGUCUGCCUUUCAGUGGGUUGAAGAGCUAUUAAUUGACCAAUGUGCUUUAUUGGUGUAAAUUUUCGUUAUUAUCUAUAAUAUAUUCAUACAUUUUUUUCCGACA